AUUAGCGCUGGUGUCAAUCAACAUAGAGAUGGAAACAAGAGGUAAUACCCUGUUUCUGCUGUUGCUCUGUUCAAACUGGGCACUUUGUGUGAUGAUGAUAACCCUCACGGUUGAAGCUACGUUGCACGGAAAUGAGACUGAUAGGUUUGCUCUUCUAGUGUUCAAGAGUGGAAUAACUAGUGAUCCUACUGGAGUUCUCAACUCCUGGAACAACACUAUCAGUGUCUGUGAUUGGGAUGGAGUGUCAUGCAGAGACAAGCACCUUAAGAGGGUCACGUCCCUUGACCUCAGUUACCGGGGCUUGCAAGGCUCUAUAUCUCCAUUCAUAGGCAACCUAUCCUUUCUCAGAAGUGUCCUCCUCAUGAAUAAUGGUCUCUAUGGUGAUAUCCCUUCUGAGUUUGGCCAGCUGCAGCAGCUAAGACUAAUCAAUCUCAGCUUCAAUUCACUCAAUGGUGUGAUACCUGCAAGCCCGAGCCUUUGUUCUGAGCUCAUAACCAUCCAGUUAGAGAAUAACCAGCUCAGUGGCAUCAUUCCUGCUGAGCUUGGCUGCAUGACGAAGCUUGAAUCACUGAAUCUAGCGAAUAACAACCUCACUGGAGUCAUCCCAUCUUCAUUAGCUAAUCUAUCUUCGCUUAGUGAGGUAUAUUUCUUCAGUAACUGGCUUCAAGGCAACAUACCGGAGGAGCUUGGCGGUCUUACAAAACUAGAAGUCUUUGAAGCAUCAGUAAACAUGCUCUCUGGCAAGAUACCUACCCAGUUAUUCAACCUCUCCUCCCUGAAUACCUUUGCAGCAGCUUCUAAUAACCUGCAUGGUAGUCUUUCAAGCAUAGAUAUCAAACUUCAGAAACUCCAAGCUCUGUACUUAGGUGAAAACCAAUUUACCGGAACCAUCCCAGCUUCACUGACUAAUAUCUCCAGCCUCUGGGAACUUGAUAUUUCAACAAACAGUUUUAGUGGAAAAAUUCCUACUGGCUUCAGAGGAUUGCAAAAUCUGGUUUUUUUCAAUGUCAUAUCGAAUCAGCUCCAAGCUGAUAUUGCAGAAGACUGGGAAUUUCUUGAUUCUUUGACCAACUGCAGCCAGUUACAAUUUCUGGGUUUUGGGAUGAAUAAUAUGGGAGGCACACUACCAAGCUCUGUAGUCAACCUCUCCACUACACUUCAGAUACUAGCUAUUGGAUACAACCGGAUGACGGGAAGCCUACCUUCAGGAAUCCAGAACCUAAUCAAUCUAAUUUCGCUAGAUGUGUCCACUUGCAAUCUCAGAGGUGAAAUUCCAGCAGAGAUAGGUAAACUUUCUAACUUGCAGUGGUUAGGCUUGUCAAGCAAUAAAUUCACAGGCCAAAUACCUACAUCCAUUGGCAACCUGACGCAGCUGAACGUGCUAAAUUUCUCAUGGAAUAGCUUUGAAGGCCACCUACCUACCACCCUUGGUAACCUCCAGAAGUUAUCACUUCUAGACAUUUCCCAUAACAACUUCACUGGAGAGAUACCAAAAGAAGUUGUGACUUUGCCCUACAUAUCACAGUACAUUGAUCUAUCUUAUAACCAAUUGGAAGGAUCUCUUCCUUCGGAGAUCAGCAACCUGAAGAAACUUGGGCAGUUGAGUAUUUCUGGAAACAAACUCUCUGGUGAAAUUCCGGCCACAAUUGGCUUUUGUGAGAGUUUGGAAAUUCUUGCCUUAGACAACAACUUGUUUCGAGGAACAAUCCCUGCCACGCUUAGUGACAUGAAAGGCCUCAGAAAAUUAUCUCUCUCACACAAUAACUUAUCAGGUUUGGUUCCUCCUUCUCUGAGCACACUAAAAGGCCUAGAAAUGCUUGACCUUUCUCACAAUAACCUGUCUGGGCCCAUACCAGAGUUGUUGCAAAACCUGAAUUUUCUCUUCUUCUUGAACCUAUCUUACAACAACUUCUAUGGAGAGGUACCUGUAAAUGGAGUUUUUGCUAAUUCCACUGCAAUCUCACUCUCCGGAAAUGAAGGCUUUUGUGGAGGCAUUUUGCAACUUCAUUUGCCAGCAUGCCCUCCGGAAACAAAGCAAGAGAGAAAAGGACAAUAUGUUUGGCUGAAAAUUAUCAUCCCAAUUGCCAUUGCUGUGAUAUUCUUAUCCAUAUUUUCUCUUGCCUAUUGGAAACUAAAGCUGAGAAAGAAAAGCUUGGUGAUAUCUCCACUAGAGGAGGAAAGAUAUCCUAGAGUCACUUAUGCCGAAUUGGAUAGAGCAACAGGAGGCUUCUCUUCAGACAAUCUUGUUGGCAGUGGUAGAUAUGGCACUGUGUAUAAAGGAAGCUUAGACAAUGGCAGAACAAUGGUCGCUGUGAAAGUUUUCAAGCUUCAAAAUCGAGGUGCUUCAAAGAGUUUCUUAGCUGAAUGCAAGGCACUGAGAGCCAUUCGUCACCGUAACCUCAUCAAAAUCAUUACUUCAUGCUCAAGUGUGGAUCGCCAAGGCAGAGAUUUCAAAGCUCUGGUUUUUGAAUACAUGCCUAAUGGAAGUUUGGAUCAAUGUCUGCAUCCCGAAGACCACAGUCAUCAACAUCAAAUGAAUCACCUAAACUUAAUCCAAAGAGUGAACAUAGCUAUUGACAUCGCCAAUGCAUUGGACUAUCUUCAUCACAACUGCCAGCCUCCAAUGGUUCAUUGUGAUCUGAAGCCUAGCAAUAUGCUUCUUAACAGUGAAAUGGAUGCUAUUGUUGGUGAUUUUGGCAUCUCAAAGUUCCUAUGUGAAGCUGUGAGCGAGCCUUUACAGGAUUCCAGUUUCUCUAAUGCUAUUAAAGGCACUGUUGGAUAUGUUGCUCCAGAUUAUGGAGCAGGAGGCCAGGUGUCCAUUUCUGGGGAUGUUUAUAGCUAUGGUAUCCUUCUCUUGGAAAUGUUUACAGGAAAGAGGCCAACUGAUGACAUGUUCACUGAUGGCAUGAGCCUUCGCAAGUUUGUUGAGGCAGGGGUUAUUUCCGAACAAUAUAUGGAGAUCAUAGACCCAAAGAUAUUUGGACAUAUAGAAGGUGAUAUAGUCACAAACAAUGAGAUAAUGCAAAUCAAUGAAUGCUUGGAUUCAUUGCUGAAGGUUGGCCUUGCAUGCUCUGAUCCAUCACCAAGAGAGCGAAUGAGCAUGACUGAUGUUGCGGCCAAGAUGCACGCAAUCCGGAACUCAUUCUUUGCUAUGUUCCUGCAUCUGUUUCCAGCCUCCAGCUCACUCUCCACCACAGCCGAAGAGAAGUCAAUUCAGCACUGAAUUGGGAUUCUCAUUAUCCUAGUUUUUAUCUUAAUGUUGUAUUUGAUUUCACUGUAUGUUUGUAUUUUUAUAAUUCAAAUAUUCUGGUUGUAUGAACCAUGCUGCCUUACUGGCAUGCAUAUUAGCUGCUUGUUUAAAUGCUUGAAUGAAUUG